AUGUUUAUUACAUUGAAAUUUACCUGGUAUGAUGGUCUGGCAAAGUGUGCCAGCAUGAACAUGAGUUUGGUGACCAUCGAUUCUAAGCUUAAAUCUGAAGAGAUAACGGCCUUGUUGAAUGAGAUAUUUGGCAAAAAAACACAUCUGUGGAUGGGUGGCACUGUUAAUGGAGACAAUCCCAGACAAUUUGUGUGGAUCUCAACGGGUAGAAAAUUCACUUACACCAACUGGGGUAAUGCACAACCAGAUUUUGCUGGUAAUAAUGAAUAUUGUGCUCAAACUGGCUGGACCAACGCAAUGGAAUGGAAUGAUAAUAAGUGUUUCAAUAAACUUGGUUUUAUGUGCGAAUACAGUCGCUAUCAUCAGUGUCAAGUGGAAAUGCAAAAGAAAGUCCAAGAGGAAAUGAUGAAACAACAGCAAAUUGAGUUGAAGCAAAUGGUGGGAGAAAAGCAGCUUGGUCUUAAGAAGGUUGAUGUGGAAAGUCGAACAUUUCGUGAUAUAGUUUUUAAUAUUAAUUAG